CCACCACCCCCGCAGCAGCCGCCCCCGCCGCCUCCCCCCUCGCACAGCCCACCGACGCCGGCUCCCGCCCCUGCGUCUGUGCCAGCGUCUGCCGUUGACGGUACCUCCGUCGCAGACAGGCGCGGCGACAUCCAGCACGCGGCCGUGGGCAGCAGCAAGUCCCGGCGGCGGCGCACCGCCUUCACCAGCGACCAGCUGCUGGAGCUGGAGCGAGAGUUCCACGCCAAGAAGUACCUCAGCCUCACCGAGCGCUCCCAGAUCGCCGCCGCCCUCAACCUGUCAGAGGUGCAGGUGAAGAUCUGGUUCCAAAACAGGCGGGCCAAGUGGAAGCGCGUGAAGGCGGGCCUGACGUCUGGUGCCGGAUCACGCACCACCGGAGCGGGUCCAGCACCCAAGAUCGUGGUGCCCAUCCCGGUCCACGUGAACCGGUUUGCUGUGCGCAGCCAGCACCAGCAGCUGGAGAAGUGUGCUGGGCUGCGCGCCCCACACCAUCGACCGAGACCCGCCACACCACCUCCAGGGCUGGCCGCCAUCUGAACGACAGUGGCCAGCCUUGUCCACAUGCACCGGUUCGCCGAAAUUCGCCAGGACCAACAGCUGCUCAUCUGGGCCGGCCAGUGCACACUGUUUGAUCUGCAGUGCUCCACUCCGCCACCUACAGACUUCGCCUUCAUUUGAGGGCCACACCACUGUCGCUGGUAUUCUGGCAUGCGGAAGGGUGCCAGAAGCAACUGUUUCACACCACCACAUAUGCAGCACCUCACUACGGCAUCUGAAGCACUCACAAUUACCUGGGAGUCACACUACUGUAAUGACCAUUCUGUUCCCUGUGUCUCUUAUUGUAGCGAGCUACCAGUACCUUCAGCAGGACUGCACACAUUACUGCGCCAACCACAACCUCAGUUCCACCAGCACUGUGGUUCCUAUCGUAGUGUACAUGAACCAAAUUGUGGAGUGCGACCAGAACUCGGAUUAGCACAACAAACUGUGUGAGCCAUUCUACAGCACAUCUGACUGCAAAGCCCACAGUUUGCAGCUGAGGCUCUACUGUUGACCUAUCACCUGCAGUUACACAAAACGGAAAGUGCUAUCAGUCCUGUCACGAAGGUAGAGCAGCCCAGCACUAGUCGUCAUGUGUAGACUGUUCACCAGAAAGAUGACUGCUAUUCCCACUUCGUUCAUCGUAGGGAAUGUGCAUGUGUAUUCAUCGCUUAGUGUCCUGCUAAAGUGAGAGUCUCUGUAAUGUAUCUGAAAUACAGAAAACGUAUACACAAGAAGUUUAUUCCAAUGAUUCACUAUAUUAUUCUGGACCUCGAGUAAUCAUCAAGGAAACUUUGACAGUGUGGAAAUGAUGCAUCCAAUAUACUUUAAAACUACUCACAAAACACAGUAUCUAGUUCACAAAGACUCUAUUAUGCGUACUGUCCUAUUGAGAAAGCGCAUUCCGAAGGCCAAUAUAGUGAAUUGGAAUCAAACACAAAGUCACACCACAUUAUUGACCUAAAUCAGGACUAUGUUCAGUACGCUAUGCUACACCAUUCUGCUAUUGUGACCACAGGAAGAUAUUCUGUACCUUCAGUUACGGAACUUCUUAUAAUCUCCUACCUCAGUUCCAGAAUUUAAGUAUAGUGUUUGUAAGCGUUCCACAGUUCCUCACGAGUAACAGUGAAUCCAGUGAUUGAAAAUGUAUCAAACAUCUGAAUUCCUUCAGGCCAAAGAAUUUUCUUUUUAUCGCACAUGACUGAUUUACUUUCAGAGAAAUACUAAUGUUUAUUAACCUUAUAGGUAUGAAGGUAUUGUUUAGGGCAACCUGUACAUUUGUUGCCUUAAAGUGGACUGGGAAGUAUCCUAUUAAAUGCUGAUAUGUGGUUUCAUUUUCAGAGGCACGUAAAUAAUGAAAUAAUGCGUUCCUUUUGUCUUCAUGAAGAUUGUAGGAAAAACUUAGCUGGCAUGUAUCACUGUACGUACCUCACAUCUCAGUAAAGAGUUGAUAUGGAAAUAAUUGGAAAGAAGGAGAGAGUGAAAAAGUCCUAUCAAAAUCUUGUUUUCUACGACAGCGAGAAUCCCCAUAGUAGCUAUCAAAGCUGCGGUAUCUGAGGUCGAUUUUCCGUAUUCCGAAAUCCAUCACUGUAUUCUGAUGCAGCUCAUCAACAUUACAAAGUUCAGUGCCGAAGCCUACGCAGAACUACACAACAGUUGGCAGAUGUCACGCACAUCGCCGUUAGAAAUUGCGAUUAAUUCCAUUCCUAUUCUCUCCGUUGAGAGAUACCUUACGAAAGCUUUAAUGGUAGUGUCCUAGUCGAUUUUAAAAAGGAUGGGAGAAGAUAUCAGCCAUGUUACUGAUGAAGAAACGAAAAUUUUUUCUUGAAAGACGAACCUCAAAAUGUACUGUUAUCUGAACGAAUUUCCUCUGGGUGUGUCUUACAAUGAGCAGCAUACUUCUGCCACUACUGCUCAUUGUUCAUUUCCUUACUACAGAGGCCACCAGUAACAAGGCAAAACAAUCGCACAAGAGCUUUUAUUUCCCUUUCUUUCCUUAGCUACAAUACUACAGCAACUGGUAAUGAAAUGCUUGCUCGUUUUCAAGCAAAUUGCAGAAAAGAGGCGAUGAGAAAGGAAGAUAUUGGCCACCUGCUUUUGUGUUAUACCUGUCACUUCAGCGUUCGCCUGCAGUGUUUUAGGAAAACACGCGGCUACAUGAAUGACACUGACUACUGCCAAUUACAACCUCUGUGCCACCUCACUUUGUAAAAUGGUUUACAACAGGCGCGAAGCGAAAUUAAUGUCACAUAUAUGAAUAUUUGGCAGUUUAUUCACUGAUAAUCCUUGUACUACUGUCCAGAUACGCUUCAUUCUUGACAACAGAAGUUCACGACCAGGCACUCUGUCUCAAAGAUAGUUUCACGUGCCAGUACAAACUCACAAAACCUCAUAUAGCUCUAUGGCUCAUCAGGUUCUGGAAAAGUCACAUUCACUUGUUCUUGUUGUAAUAGUAUGUAAAAUCUGGAACGUGAAGAUCAACAGUUCCAAUCCUAACACACUUCAGUUACCUUUGUAUUAUUGGAUUUCGAUUUUGAGCCACUUUAUAAGGUAAAGAACACAUUCCAACGUGUACGCUUAUCCUGUUACCACAGUAAACCCACUCUGUAACACUCGUCACCAAUGAUAUGUGUGGUGCCUCGCCUAUUAUUGAAUUUUUAUUCGUAGAUGAAGUAAGAGAAGCUACAGUAAAUUUGUUCACAAUAUUGGUCAAGACUGCCUACCGAACCACUUUCACAGAACGAUCAUUAUCAAUAAUUAACCGUGACUUAAUCAUACCACAACAUAAAGAUGAGUUUCUUUUUGAAAGACGGGAAGCCAGCAAGCAUUUCAACAAGAAUUCGGCGUUCAACCACAAUACUUCCUUUCAAAACUGACUUCCAGGACAAUAACUAAUUAUGAAAUGGACUUCAUAUCAACUUAAGUGAGACUACGAGUGUUCAAUAGUGACGAUGGAAAAAGAAAGCGGACUCUAGUUCUCAUAAACAAAUGUGCAGUCACGGACUGACUAGUCUGUUCAAUGAGUAACUAAUCUAAUAAAUGUAAUAUGUGUAAAAUAUUCUUGAUUAAAUUCAUUUUGUGCAAUAAGAGUCAAUAUGCCGACUCUCAUUGAUAAGUAUUUCAGCUGUUUUCAGUGUUUUCCAUUAUAACUUUGCAAUGCGAAAAACGAGAGAUGCAUGUAAUUUGAUCGAAUAUUAAGAUUAUGUUCGAUCUAGACCUUUUCAUAUGCUCUUUUUUGUUUUACGGCUGGUCGCUUAUUUACUGUGUGUGCCAUAUGGUAUAACGAUGUGAGAUUAUUCAGUCCUAGGGAAAUUGUUCUUAUGUACUAAAGAGUAAAAUGAUUGUCUGUAGGCUA